AUGCGUGAGUGGUCUGAUCCUCAACUGGUUAUUCCAGGCUCCAUUGUUACCUCAUCCAGGAAGCCGGCCAUAUGCGACUAUAAUGGCACGGCGUUCAUUGCUUGGGCCACUCAGUCGAUUGAUUCACCCAACGACCCAGGGCCUACCUUCAGCUUUACCUAUUGGAUCGCAGACAAAGAUGCGUGGGCUCAGCCAACUCUUGUUCCUAUCGGCGACUCUGGCAUGUAUCAGAGCCACACAUCUGCUCUCGUCGUCUACAACAAUGACCUGUAUGCUUUUGUCCCAUACAAGUCACGAGGCGACGACAAAGGUUGCCGUGUCUUUCGCUAUGACGACGACAAAGAUACCUUUUUCGUCGCAGAAGACUGGAGCAAGGAAUGGAAUGGAGAUCUUGCAGCAGCUGUUGACAAUGAUAGCUUGCUGCAUGUAAUCUGCAACUCCAACGAUAGUUUGGUGUGGACAUACUCCUUGUCGAGCUCAUCGGGUGACCUUAGCUGGCGCGGGACCUCACACAAUACACGGAUCCCGAUGGCAGGCACUACAUCGAAUCCCGCCUUGACUGUUAUUGGCGGCAAGAUUGUUGCAUUCUUCUUGUGGUCUUUUUUUAAUUGUCGCAGCGUUAUGCAGAUGACCCUCGAUAUGAGCACUAAACAAUGGAGUUCAAUAGACAAAUCCAAUAUCAAACAGUCUGGCAAUAGUGGUAUCAGUGCUAUGAGCACCCCUGAUGGGCAACAUUCAUGGAUCUGUUUCAAGAAGCACGACGGCAGCAGCAAUCUGUUAUGCGAAUUUGAGAAAGGUAGCAACUCUUGGAGCGACAAUUAUCCUAUGGGAUCAAGCGAUGCCUACCUUUGCUGGAAUGAAGCAGCUAUAGCUUGGUCCGACAAUUACGUCUACGCGGUAUGGAACUCACACCUGUCGGGAAGCCCUUUGUGCUAUAGCCGCACCUUUUUGAAGCCUACCAGGUUUGGUACGGGCUACACGCAAGACAAGCCAAGCUCUAAAGACGCAAUUGUCGAUAUGUCUGCUAUGAACAUGGAAAAAGUCGCCAACAUCAAGUACCGCAACAUAUCUAAACCCGAAUGGGUAUUGAAUCAAGAAUCCGUGGGGUCUUGUACCGCCAAUGCCGUCGCAACUGCCUACCGCUAUGAGCUUAAACGCCGGAACAAGGCAGACUUUAUGACUUCUCGUCUCUAUCUGUACUAUCUUGCUCGGCUUGGCAGCCUGAAUAUUGGAGAACCGUCACCCGAAUUCUAUAACGGCCUAGCCAAGCAGCCUCCGACUACAGAAAUGCUCCAAGACACCGGUUCCAACAUCCGCGAGGCCAUCAGAGUCAUCACUUCCCUUGGAGCUAUCGCAGAAGCCGACUGGGGAUAUACCUACGCUUUUGAUCCGGAUAAUGACAAGCGGUUUGUGAAGAAAUGUAAUGCCAGCUAUCCUCCUGGCAACGUUUCAUUUGCAACUGCAAAGCAGCACUUUGCAGUCAAGUACGCGGUGGCAGACGCCAAGGACCGAAAUUGCUGGAAGACGUGCAUUGACAUGGGAUACCCAAUCAUAUUCGGUUUCAGACUAUACCCAUCAGUGCAUAGCUUUAUGCAAAAGAAGAGCCUGACGACAAAUGAUGAGGCUGUGGCGCCUGUACCGGAUACCUCGAAAGAAACGGCAGAUGGAGGACAUGCUGUGCUUGCCGUUGGAUGGGACGAUAACCUGAAGGAUGGAUGCUUUCUUAUUCAGAACUCGUGGGGCAAGUCUAUGACAAAAGAAGGCUUUUUCUGGAUGCCUUAUAAGUGGUUAGAUAUAGGCAUUAUUGAUAAUGCUAUGGGAUUUACUUUAAUGGACACUUAUGGCUCUUAG